AACCAAAUGUGGUGUUAAGUGACUUUUUAAUAAUGUACAGUUUUGGUGACUUUAAAUUUGUUCCUUUAUAUUUUUAGGACCAAUCCAUCAUUUAUAAGAGGAGGUAUUACAAGACAAUGUUGUAUCAAGGUGUUUGAAUGAAGUGAUGAGGUCUGAUCCUGAAGAAGAGAGAGAGAGACUCAGGCAAGGCAGAGCUCAGACUGAAGAAUAAAGAGACCUGCAGACUGACGCACACAGCCAGGGACUGCACAAGGAGCGCUUUAUCAUGACCUGGAGAGAGCUCCACAGUCGUCCGUUCUGGCGUGCCGUGUUGGCAGAGCUGCUGGGCACCCUGGUGUUAGUGAGUGCCGUUCUGGGCUCAUUGGUGCCGGGGCCCGGGGAGGCCUCUGGGGGCCCUCUGUACCCGGCACUGGCAGUGGGCGUGGCCAUAGUGGCGGUGGCGCACUGUUUUGGAGAGAUCAGUGGUGCUCAGGUAAACCCUGCAGUGACUCUAGCCCUCCUGGCCACUCGCCGCAUGGACAUACUCAGAGCUGUUUUCUUCAUCUGUGCUCAGUGUGUAGGGGCCUGUCUCGGCACCGGGGCCCUGUACUUGGCUCUUCCACUCAAAACCACAGCAGACCACUUUAUCAAUAAGGUACCUCUGGAGCUGAACGCGGCUCAGGCUCUGUGUGUGGAGAUGCUGUGCACAUUUCAGAUGGUCUUCACAGUGUUCUCUGCAGAGGACCAGCGCCGCAGGGACAGUCCUGAGCCAGGAAACCUUGCUGUGGGGUUUUCUCACACCGCGGGGGUCCUAAUCGGGGCACGAUUCUCUGGAGCCAGCAUGAACCCAGCAAGGACUCUGGGCCCUGCCAUCAUCACUGGCUUCUGGGAAAAUCACUGGGUGUACUGGAUCGGGCCAGUGCUAGGGGCCGUGCUUGCUGGGGUCUCUCAUGAAUUCUUCUUCGCCCCCUCUGCAUCUCGUCAGAAGCUGGUAGCGUGUUUGACAUGUAAGGACAUCGAGAUUGUAGAGACAGCGAGUAUGACCGGAUCUUCUCUGUCCACCGUCACACAGAAUGCUGCCCGAGCUAAACAAAGCAACAAGACUGAGAACUGAGGAGAACAGCUGCAAAACAAGUGGUAACACUUCAAGAGCCCAUAUUACACACUUUUCUGAUCUCUGUCAUAAUGUUGUUUCCUUAUCACAAACUUGGAGCUGUGUUUUGUUUCAUUCAAAGAUCCUGCAUAUUCUACCAGUGUCUACUGAAUAAAAGGUAGCAGUUAACCUGAAAACUACAAGGUGGAGCAUUUUGAGCUUUCGAGAUAAUAUAGUCAGUCUAGUAAUAAAGGAUUACUCAAACAUGAAACAAAACACAUAUCUCCAGGUAUGUUUUUGAUGAGGUUAUAUCAUGCCUUAAAGCUCACAAGAGUCAAUUUUGUGUAAUAUAGGACCUUUAAUAACUACACCUUAAUUAGCGUUAAUAAAGCAUGAACAAAGCAUUAUAACAUAAUGAACAAAUAGUUUCAUAAGACGGAUUCAGCUUAAGUAACUACUUAAAGGCACAGUAUGUAACUUUCUGGAGGUGGCAUGUCAUCUGCAUAAUUCUAUGGAAAUAUAAAGUUAACAAUACUUCAGAACAUUCUCCAUGGAGUUAGAUAAGUUUAUGCAUACUGUGGAAGAGUAUAACCAAAGAAACAACAUUCCCAUGAAAACAGGCAGACAAAAUAGAAGUCAGGUUUAUGGAGAUGCUCCUAAUA